CACAGGACCAGACACUGCACUCCUCUCGACUUGCAAUCAGCAACAAUCGUUCUUGGUACAAAAUGGCUGCCGAUGCAGCGUCGAUUAUCGAUCAAGGAUCCCUAAACGCAAUCUUCGACGGCGGGAACAAUCCUGAAUAUGCGGUUGCGAAUCCUAUUCUUCAAUGUGUGCAGAUAAAGCCGCUUGCCGGGCAACCGGGCUCUCCGGAGCGGUACCGGGUAGUCUUCAGUGAUAUUCAGAAUUUUGUGCAAAGCAUGCUUGCUACUCAGGCGAAUUAUGUCGUUCAUGAAGGAAAGCUCAGAAAGGGUGUAAUCUGUCGGCUGAAGUCAUUUCAAGCCAACCAAGUGAAAGGAAAAAAGAUUAUUAUCGUGUUAGACUUGGACGUAUUGGAGCAGUAUGGGGAGUGCGAGAAGAUGGGGGAGCCAAGACCUCUGGAGCCUGCUCCAACGGAACAGGCCGCACCGCAGCCAACCGUGAUAUCAAGCAAUGGCUUCUACGGAAACGUGUCGGCCCCUUACAAUCAAGCCCCCAGCCGCGUCCAACAAUCUCACGCCUCGAGUGGUCCCUCUUUCUCCCACGGAAAUGUUUAUCCCAUCGAGGCACUUUCUCCAUACGGACACAAGUGGACCAUCAAAGCUCGUGUCACUCACAAGUCCGACAUUAAAACAUGGCACAACAAGAAUGGUGAAGGCAAGCUAUUCAGCGUCAACCUACUCGACGACAGUGGUGAGAUCAAGGCGACUGGUUUUAAUGACCAGUGUGACAUGUUUUACGAUUUGUUUCAGGAAGGCUGCGUUUAUUACAUUAGCAGUCCGUGCCGCGUUAACUUGGCCAAGAAGCAAUUUACCAAUCUGAACAACGACUAUGAACUGACUUUCGAGCGAGAGACUGUCGUCGAGAAGUCUGAAGACCAAGACAGCAUUCCACAAGUACGGUUCAACUUCACCAACAUCGGAGACCUCCAAUCGGUCGAAAAGGAUACCACCAUUGAUACCAUUGGCGUAUUGAAAGAAGUUGGCGAGGUUUCUCAGAUUGUGUCCAAGACCACGAGCAAACCUUAUGAUAAACGCGACCUUACCUUGGUUGACAACACUAAUUUCUCUGUCCGCUUGACCAUUUGGGGUAGAACCGCGACAAAUUUCGAUGUGCAACCUGACUCUGUAAUUGCUUUCAAAGGUGUCAAAGUUUCUGAUUUUGGUGGCCGAAGUCUGAGCUUGUUAAGCUCCGGCUCCAUGACCGUGGAUCCUGACAUUGACGAAGCGCAUCGACUGAAGGGAUGGUACGAUGCUCAAGGACACGCCGACUCUUUCAUGUCGCAUGCUUCGCUAGCUGCCGCAACAGGGGGCGCAGGUUCCCGCAAUGAAGUAUACAAAAGCAUCGCUCAGAUUCGAGACGAGCAGCUUGGUUACUCUGAGAGCGUGGAUUAUUUCACUACCAAGGCUACUGUCAUAUAUGUCAAGCAGGACAACAUAGCAUACCCCGCCUGCCUCUCAGAAGGAUGCAACAAGAAGGUCUUCGAGGUCUCGCCCGAUGAAUGGCGUUGUGAGCGAUGCGACAAAUCGUACCCACGGCCCGAGUAUCGAUAUAUUCUGAGUUUGAACGUCAGCGAUCACACGGGUCAGAUUUGGCUCAAUUGUUUUGACGAUGUUGGACGGAUGAUAAUUGGAAUGAGUGCGGAUCAGCUGAUGGCGCUGCGGGAAAGUGACGAGAAGGCUGCCGAAGAAGUGUUUCAGGAAGCCAAUUGUCGUACAUGGGUGUUCAAGUGCAGAGCGAAAAUGGACAAUUUCCAGGAUCAACAGAGGGUUCGAUAUCAAGUCUCCUUUGCCAAUCCGUUGAAUCUCGCUGCUGAAUCCGAAAGGCUGAACAGCAUCAUUCAACUCUACGACACGGAAGACUAUAACUAUGCAUACUACGGCUAAUCGACAAAUUUCUUGGGCAGCAUCAUUAGAUGUAAAUGGGAGUAGGCGUUUGGAUCUCGUAGAAUAACGUUUUAACAUAGGCAAUGUUGUACUCAAUUUGGUUUCGCUUUGCUCUUUCCUGUUGAGAUUUUUUAAGAAGCACUUUAGCUAGAGCAAUGACAAGGCGGCAAUUGUUUCUCAAUAUUGAGCUCAUGUCAAUCUUCUCAAAAUGUUUUAAUAUUUAAUUACUUCAAAUACAACAGUAUCUCUUUUACUAAGCCAUUGCAGACCAUA